AUGAGCAGCAAAGUCUCCCGCGACACCCUCUACGAGGCGGUGCGGGAAGUCCUGCACCGGAACCAGCGCAAGCACACAAAGUUUUUGGAGACGGUGGAGCUUCAGAUCAGCCUGAAGAACUAUGACCCUCAGAAGGACAAACGUUUCUCGGGCACCGUCAGGCGUAAGUCCACUCCCCGCCCCAAGUUCUCCAUGUGUGUCUUGGGGGACCAGCAGCAUUGUGAUGAAGCCAAGGCUGUGGAUAUCCCCUACGUGGACAUCGAGGCACUGAAAAAACUCAACAAGAAUAAGAAACUGGUCAAGAAGCUGGCCAAGAAAUAUGAUGCCUUCCUGGGCCCAGGCCUGAACAAGGCUGGCAAGUUCCAUUCCUUGCUGACCCACAAUGAGAACAUGGUGGCCAAAGUUGAUGAAGUGAAGUCCACGAUCAAGUUCCAGAUGAAGAAGGUGCUGUGUCUGGCAGUGGCUGUUGGCCACGUGAAGAUGACAGAUGAUGAGCUUGUGUACAACAUCCACUUAGCUGUCAACUUCCUGGUAUCAUUGCUCAAGAAAAAUUGGCAGAAUGUCAGGGCCUUGUACAUUAAGAGCACCAUGGGCAAGCCCCAGCGUCUGUACUAA